UUCUUUUCUAUUCACCCCGUGAUUCCUAUUGACGUUUACGAUAGUUAUUCUAACCUAAUUUUUUUAAUAUAAAUUAAUAUUAUAUAAAAGUAGUAUUAAUAAGCAAAUUUUAGUCACUAGAUAAUAACUACUUCUAGAAAUUUGUUUAAUCUUGAGAAAAAAGCAGAAAUGGCAAGUAGCAGACUCGAAAGAAUUGGGACAAUAUUUACAAGGGUAGAAGGACUCUUGACACGAGGUGCAAUGAAACCUGACGACAGACCUCUUUGGUUCGAUGUGUAUAAAGCAUUCCCACCUAUAACUGAACCUAAAUUUGCUAAACCUAAACCCGAAAUUAAAUCCAUAAGACCGAUUUUAUACAAGGAAGACAUACUACGAGCAAAAUUUCACUCCAAUGGCCAUGGUUUAGGCGUAGUAAAUAUGUUACAUCCUACCAGUGAAACACAUACGAAAAAGCUUUUACAACAAUAUAAAAAAUUAAAAGCUGAAGGAGUUCCUGAACAUGAGCUUAUCGAAAAAUCUGCAGCAGUUGUAGAGAACGAGAGGACUGUUGAACGACAAGAAGCAUCUAAAGCCAAAAUUACCGGCAGAAAUCAAGAGUCAUCAGCUCAAACUCUUGCAGAAGCAGAUCUAAAAAAUAUUUUCAAGGAAAAUUAGUUUCUGAGCACAGUUUUUAUAGUUAAUUAGAUAGAAUUUAGAAUAAAGUUAUAUUUAUUAACUGUAUAA